GAGAGCACACAAAACAGAUCCCUUGCUUUUGGUAGUCAGGAAAAUUCCUCUUCUCCUUCUUCCUCCUCGUCUCUCAACUUCUUUCGGGGUGGACGUUGCUUUCUUCCUCGUUCUACUUCUCUCCUCCCUCUCGAAUAAAAAGUUAAUCUGACGGUGUCAACAAACACGCGCUCGGAUCUCUCACUAUUUGUCAUCGAAGAAGGAGCUGGUGAGAAGCAACAGGUUGGAUUUUCUUCUCCGCUCUUCUCUCUUCUUUUUCUACGUCCCCAUGGUUGUCAUCAUUCACUGCUCCUGUCUAGUAUGGUGACAAGUGAUGGAUUGAGUCAUGCGUAGCUCUUAAUGGAGGAAGCGACGGGUGCCCGCAGCCGCAGGGAUAAAAAGGUUGCAAUUUUGCGCAACAAAUUUGGUGCGGUUGUUACGCGCAUGUGAUUAUUGCUGACUCUCCUCUUCUCUUCUUUUACCCUUCUUCUUCCUUCUGGUGUCAAUGGAGUGCCCUGUAUGAAGGGGAAUCGCCGACUCUGGUCCAGUUCCCCGUCUUUCUCUCAUCCGAGACCCUGGAAUUUUGCUUUCCUUAAGAGGUCAAGCCUUAGAUCUGGGAUCAGUAGUUGCAUCCCGUUGUCAGAUCUUUUCGCGAUGCGGCACGGCGAACCCGUGAGAUGCGGCCGGAGGCGACUUCGAGCGUGAUCCACAGGAGGGGGAGGGCAUUCGUUAGAAGUCAGUAGGAUGUGUCACUUUUGAGCCCAGCGUAUAAUAACUUCUGACCGCCACGACGGCCCAGGACAAGGAGUUAAUGGAGGAGAUGCCUCCGGCGGUGGCUUUAUCAUUUAGGACGGCCAAUUCGACCUGUGACAACUCGAUGGAGAUUGCCUGCCUGAAGCUGAUUACCGAGACUGCAGGCCUGCUGCCCAAUCCAAUGGAUGCUGCUGCCACGGGUUUGUCACCUGAGGUCGAGCAAUCUGAGGUGGUGGCCAUGGAAGAGGGAGGGGAUGGGGAUGAUCUGGACGUCCGCAGAGCGGUGGGUAGUUUCCAUGAGGAUUUGGUCUCCAUGGAGCGCAAAUUUUUGGGAGGAAUCGCUUGUUCAGCCGCUACUAGUAUCGGCGGCAGCAGCAGGAGUAUCAACAGCACGGCCGACGAGUUGCUGGAUAUGGAUCUGCCAUCCGAGACAUGCGCACCAACUGCCCUUGAGGUGGAGAAGAGUGGUGAGAUCUUAAACGGGCGUCCUGCUUUUGAGUUCGGUGUUAAUGCACUGACAGUAAGCAUGGUCGAUUCUGAUUUUAUAAUACCAGUAACGCCCAUUGUUGAGCUUGCAACUCAGGAAGAUCAGCAAAGUCAGGCAAGCAGCAGCAGCAGCAGCAGCAAGCGAAGUGUGUUCUUGGUGGAUUACUUACCCUUUUGGGGGCAAGUGUCAAUUUGUGGACGAAGGCCAGAGAUGGAAGAUGCUGUUGUGGCAGUGCCUUAUUUUUAUGAAAUCCCCUUGUGGUUGCUCAUCGGUAAUCAAGACAUAGAUGGCCUUGAUUCGAGCUUGAUUCGCUUGCCAGCCCAUUUCUUUGGCGUCUAUGAUGGCCAUGGUGGUUCCCAGGUCGCUGAUUAUUGUCGUGAGCGAAUCCACCAUGUGUUAAUAGAGCAGUUAAGGAAUUGUGCUAGAGAUCUGAGGAGCAAUACUUGUGAUGAUUGGAAGAAGCAGUGGGAGAGAGCCUUCAUUAACUGCUUUCAACAGGUUGAUGAUGAGGUUGGUGGAAAAGUAACUGAAGGGAAUUUGGGAAGCUCAGAUGAUAAAUCCAAGGACGAAAAAUUUUCUGAUACACCAUUAAUACCUAUAGCUCCAGAGACAGUGGGAUCUACAGCAGUUGUUGCUGUUAUCUGUUCAUCACACAUCAUCAUUGCAAACUGUGGGGACUCAAGGGCUGUUCUUUGCCGUGGCAAACAACCUGUGCCUCUGUCAGUUGAUCAUAAACCAAACAGGGAAGAUGAGUAUGCAAGAAUUGAGGCACAGGGAGGCAAGGUCAUACAUUGGAAUGGAUAUCGUGUAUUCGGUGUUCUUGCCAUGUCACGGUCAAUUGGGGACCAUUACUUGAAGCCAUGGAUAAUUCCAGUACCAGAAGUUACAAUUGUUCCACGAUGUAGAGAGGAUGAAUGUCUUAUCCUAGCCAGCGAUGGUUUGUGGGAUGUCAUGUCCAAUGAAGAGGUAUGCGAUAUAGCCCGAAGGCGGAUACUGCUAUGGCACAAAAAGAAUGGUAUUGUAUCAUCGCCAGUCAACCAUCGAGGUGAGGAAGCUGAUCCUGCAGCUCAAGCUGCUGCAGAUUUCCUGUCAAAACUUGCCAUCCAAAAGGGAAGCAAGGACAACAUCACAGUCAUUGUGGUAGAUCUAAAAGCACAAAGGAAGUUUAAGACCAAGUCUUAGGACGGUCAUGGUUAUUCAUCUGAGAGGUGAUCAUCACUGUUGGGCUUCUCAGAUUCAUGGUAGUUCAUCCGAAAACAAAAUUAGCUAGGUAACUGCUGUGUUUGGUGAACUUUGUGAUUAUAUAUCUGCUAUAGGUCAGCUAUUCUGCAGCAUUUCAAACUUGACAAGGUGGAAAUUUAGAUGACAUUGCUUGGGUCGUUUGUUGGGAGAGCGAAGUGGGAAAUUGAACUCCUUGGCAGUACCUGUGAUACAGAAGAUGUUUUGGCACUUUUGACCUGUAGGAUAUCCGAAUACAACUUGAUUUAUAUUACUUUUUGACUUGUAGGAUAGCAAAAGGAAGAUGGCGAAUUGUGUGGGUUGUUAAACUAUCUAUUUAUUUUGUGGAAGAAGAGAACUCCCUCGGUUGGCGGCUAACGAGACGCUGCAAGGAGGUGUCGGCGGCAGUGCAAGUUUGUUCCGACAAUGUUGUGGUGUUUAAAUAGAUAGUGGUUGUUUGAUUGGGAAGCUGAUUCGGAGUCAAUGGAGAUUCUAUGUAUUUGUCUCGGUUUGAUGUCGAGGAGUAUCAAACCCGUGCGAUUCAAAAUGUGUCAAAAUUUUACGAAAAUAUAAAAAUUAUAUUGAAACA